AUUAAAACUAAUGAACCCAGUUGAGAAGAGGUUUGUUCAAUGAUGCAAGACCCAAAAGGACUAAGUCUCUAAGAUGAGGGCCUGACAUCUAUCUGUAACUGAUUCUUGUGUGGAAUCAACAUGCUGCUGGAGAGGCUAUAGAUGGAUCUAUAGCCAAGAGCUAUAUGAGACCAUCAGAAGAUGUUUCGAAUCCAGCUAUGAUCGAGACAACCUUCCCUUGCAUCUUGAAGGAUCAUCUUAUCUCCUACUUAUCCAUUUUCAGAUUGAAGAUUCUUAUCUUAAUGAUAUAGUUAUCAAGCCAAAAAUUUUCAAACCAAUCCCUUACAACCCAUUGAAGCAAAACCUGUCUGCUUUCGGAAACUAUCAGACUGCUUUCAGUAAAGUGCUGCCAAGAUCAGAGACUUGCAACCCUCACGUAUCUUGCUCUGACCACUCUGCCAUCCUUUGCACUGGUAGCUCUCAGAUGCCUUGCCCUGAAAUGACCAAUGCUAACCUUGAGAUCCUCAAUUCCUUCUGUCCUGAAACUCUGCUUGAGUACCUUCCAAAGCUAAUAGAACUUAAGCAUGAAGAACUGAAGAAAGAUGACGGCAUGAUCGAGAAACUUACUUCGAAAGCACAACUUUAUGAAAACUUCUACCUCCUGACUAAGAAUGAUAUUAACCUGGAACUCUUGAAGGAGUUCAACUACGAAACAGUAGUCAAAAAAACCAAGUCUGGAAAGGAACAAACUGUCUUUGUCUGUGGUGAAGAUGGCUGUGAUAAGGAAUUCUUAAGGUCCUGCAAUCUUCUCGAUCAUCUCAGAAUGCAUAACGGAAUCAAGCCAAACCAAUGCAGAUUCUGUGGAAAAACUUUCACACAGAAAAGUAACUUGACAAAGCACUUAAAAGUUCAUCAAAAGCCAGACUUGAGUGACAGAAAGAGGUAUCCAUGCCCUAGAUGUCCUGCCGCUUACACUGAGAGGUAUAAUUUAAAGAAACACUUUGAGAAAUACCAUAGGGGUGAGUCCUUCAAUCAAGUAAUGGAUGAAAGUCAGUAA